GCCUUACAUGCCACUUUCCCAGUGGACUCCGGAAGACUCUAAAGGUUACUCUCCACCAGAUAACUGCACACAGUCCUGACAACUCAACUCCAAUUCUAGUACGCCACUUUUGCUUUUCCCACUCAAUGAGGAUGCCCCCGUCCUCGCUUGCACCUGGUGCCUUUAUCUUCUUCUUGUUCUCAAAUUUCUCCCUAUAAAUACCACAGCCACCCUUUCUCCUAUUCCAUGCUCCAAUUAAGGUUUUCAAUUAGAUUUGAAACCAGAAGUUAAGCUCUUUAGAAAUGUCCAUCUCCAAGCUUCUGAUCGUUUCCGUUCUUAUCUCUUCUCUUCUUCUUCUUCAUUUUGCUGAGGCUGAUCAUCAUCAGCCGACGGUCAACUCAAACCUUGCUCCAACCAAUCCCCCUAAGAAAAUUGAUUGUGGAAGCGCUUGCACUGCGAGGUGCCAGUUAUCAUCUAGGCCACACCUGUGCAAGAGGGCAUGUGGGACUUGCUGUGCACGUUGCAACUGUGUUCCUCCAGGAACUGCCGGUAACUAUGAGGUCUGCCCCUGCUACGCCAGCUUGACCACCCAUGGUGGCAGACGCAAGUGCCCUUGAAGCUUUGCUUAUUAAAUUUGCUUAAGAAUCAAAAGUAAUCUCUCAUAUGUUUGAUAUGGUAAAAUAAGAAUAAAAACAGCAAAAGGGUGGUACCUGUAAAUUGAGUUGAAUAAUAAUUCAAAUGCGUGCAUGUUCUUUUA